AUGCCGCCAACCCAUCACCACUCUAAACCCAUCUCACUCCCCUUCCUCCUCCCCUUCCUCUCCCUCAUAUCCCCCUCCCACGCCAACACCGAAAAAUCAAUCUUCACCGCACCCCCGCCCUCCUCUCUCUCCCUCUCCGGCCUCGACGCCGCCAUCCCCGUCCUCGGCCCUUCCACAAGCUGGUCCGUACGCACCAACCUCAGCCGCGUCUUCCCGCAAGAACAACAAGGCCACCCGUCAUGGCUACUACUCGACAACCUCACGCCAGGCCAACGCUAUGAGCUCCGCGUCUGCUGGUCCGCACUUGUAAGCGUUCUAAUCCACGUAGUAAACGAAACAACAAAAACUCACAAGCCAUCAAAAAAGGAGCCGACGGCAUUCACCCUAGACACAUACUCCCUCACCACCGUCUUCUCCACCCCAGCACUCCUCCAAUCCCUCACUCAACACGCCAAAUCCGCCCAGCCUCGGCAAAGCCAAAAAGACUCAUCACCAAACAACGACGGCGAUAAAUCCGUCCUCCUCCUGCGCGUCCUCGCCGCCGCCGACUACUUCUCUCACCAUUCCUCGCUCAUGAGGGACCCUCCUCCCGUCCUCGUCGAUUUGAUCCUGGACCCGUACGUCUACAACGUGCUCCCGCAGUCACUGGUUCCGACCGUGUGCUAUCUCGUCGUCGUCGGCGUCGCGUCAUGGUUUGUAGCAAGAUGGGUGGCCAGUUCACUAACUGCAAUUGCCGGCCCUGUUGAGAGUGAUCAGACAAAGAAGCAAAAUUAA